CUUCCUCGGCGACAGCACGAACCGCGGGAUGCUCUACGCCCUCGUGGAAAAGGUCAACGGCUCCCUGACCUCCUGGGACAAGACCCACGACUUGAAGGUCAUCCGGAAGGUCAGCUCGGGUCACACCAAUUUUGCCUUCGCUUACUACCCUAAGUUCUGGCUGCCAUCCAAUCAGCGGCCGGUUUUCGACAAGACGCUGUAUCAGCUGUUGCUCAGAGCGAGUCCAUUGCAGAACAACAGCAACACGGUCGUCGUGGUCGGUGGCGUCCACUGGCUCGCUGUGCAACAUUUACACAUCCUGACUUCAGUGUUGCACAGAGAGGGCCUUGAAGGAGCGCAGGUCGUCUUGAAAACUCUGGGCGCCGGGUUUCACUCAGCGGCGCCCGGGGUCCAUACCGUGACGGCGCGCGACCAUUCCCGUCUCCUGGAACAUUCCCGUUCCCUGUCUUCCUACGCCAGACAUCGAGGCUAUCAUGUUGUGGACACAUUUAACAUGACGUCAGCGAGAUACAGGCAUUUUCUUCAGGGCAAAUGCGCUUGUCAUUUUCACCAGGUAUCGAGCGAGAGGAAACCCGAAGGUGAAAUCCAGUACCACGUCGAGGGCGAGAUAAACGACGUGUACACCAGCAUCCUCGCCAAUACCAUCUGCCAGCAUCCUUUACCUGGGAGAUGAUUGCGGGGGUGAAAGAUUUAGCGGUCGCUCUGUCUGUCUGUCUAUCUGUCUGUUCUGUCUCUGUCGUUGUGUUUGUCUUUCUUUUCUGUUUAUCGGUGUUUUUGUACGUGUUAUUCUGUUUGUUGUGUUUUUUUUUUUUUUUUUUUUUUUUUUGUCUGUUUGUGUCUUCUUCAAUCGGUUCUUCUCUAUUUAUAUCUCUAUCUCUCUCUCUAUCCAUCUGCUUCUUAUUAUUUGUUUUAUUUGUUUAUUUUUGUUUUGUUUGUUUAUUUAUCUAUUUAUUGUUAUAUAUAGUUUUAUUAUAGACAGUCUUAGGAGAUGAAACGGAAACAAGAGAAAACAGAGAGAGGGAGAGAGA